AUUUAUAAUUCAUAUUUAUAAAUUCUAAAUGAAUAAAAUAGGUUGAAUUACCUGAUAAAAAAUAUGCAACAGCUCGUGUUUAUCAUGUUCCAUGGCAAAAUGAUACUCAUGGAAAAGCAGAUCAAGUUGAUGUACAUGCUAAACUUAGUGGAAAUCCAAAUGAAGAUCUUGGUCAUUUUUAG